AUGACUCGCCUCUUCUCACUCUCAACUACGGUCACACUUUUCUUUGUCCUUGCUCUGAGUGUUCGUGGCGAAAACAACCUGCUCUCUCGACUAGACGAAAUUCCACAAUGCGGAAUUCCAUGCUUCUCGGCCGUUCCUGGCAACACCUCUUGUAAUGUGUUGGACACUGCUUGCCUGUGCAACGACACCGAGUUUCAAAGGUUAGCGCAGCAGUGCGUUAUGGAGAAUUGCGGGAUGAAGGACACCAUUGGUAAGGCCCUGGGUCAUAUAUACGGAGAGAAGGAUGGGUUAAUACGGCGACGGAUCAUGACUGACAUUGGGGGACAUCCAGCAAUACAAAAAUUCGGUACCUCUCUAUGCGACGUACCACCACGUUCCCGCAAACACGAGCUUCUUAUUCCCUUGGCUAUCCAGAUCCCGGCAUGGCUAUGUAUUUGGGCUCGACUGUACUCGAGCUGGAGAACAAUGGGUCGAUGGAAGCCAGAUGACUGGCUCAUUUUGGUGGUUGGAUUCAUCUUCACUGGCUUCGUAGCUAUGGAUCAAUAUGUUGGGCAAAUGUGGUAUGGGGUUGAUAUCUGGACUCUGGCCGAGGAUCAGAUUACACAAGCGUUCAAGCUGUUUUAUGCUGGCGAGAGCAUCUACAUUCUAUCCCUGGGCCUUGGUAAAAUUGCCGUUCUCUGGGUCUAUCUUCGAAACUUCCCAAACCAGCUGUUUCGAUAUGCUGUCUUUGUGUCUAUGGCCUUGGUAGCCCUACCGACGGCGGGGCUCUUAUUUCUUCAUUUGUUUCAAUGCAAUCCUGUACAUCUUGCAUGGGAUGGCUGGGUCGGCACGACGGGGACUGGGGACUUAUGCGUCGAUAAGCAGCUGAUUAACUAUAUCACCGCUGGCUUCAGCAUCUUCCAAGAUGUUGUCAUUCUCCUCUUGCCCCUGCCUAUGGUGUUGAAGCUGCGGAUGCAUGUCAACGAUAAAUGGGGGAUCCUUUGCAUGUUUAGCCUGGGCGUUUUCAUCACGGCCACUUCCGUCAUCCGCCUGCUGUAUCUUAUCACCUUCGGCCGAUCACGAAACCCUACCUGGGACUACACCGAUGCAAUUAUUUGGACUGGAGUCGAGGCAUCUGCCGUCGUCAUGGUAGCUUGUCUUCCCGCCGUUGGUGUUCUCCUGAGGCAUUUGAUUCCUUCGUUGGCAGUCAAUACAUCCAAUGGAUAUAGACGGAAUGAGGACCCCUCUGCUUCUCAUAUGCGAAAGAGAAACCCUAGCGGGCGAUCCGACAAAAGGAGAUCAGGUAGACGCCUGACAUGGGAAAGUUUGGGGUUGGACUUGGGCGACCGAUCGUUUGGAAGGGUGAUGACCAAGGUCUCUAGACACCCGCCUUCCUUCCACCCCUUCAACGACAGCUAUUUCGACGGCCCAGACCAGGGAAUCAGUAUAAGGGCAGUGACCAAAGUGACGACGUCGGUCGAGGUGAUCAAAUAG